CAGGUCAGCUGUCUGGUCUGUCUGGUCCGUGUGGUUCAUCUGCAGGCAGUCUGGGCUCGACGCAGACAUAUGCUACAUGGUGUGCUGAGUUUUACAAUUAGGCUACCACAGACAACAGGAACAGGAUGGAUCCAUCCCAUUGGUUCAUAUUCAUCAUGUAUGUUAUCACUUUUCCAUUGAAGAAAAUUACUGCUUGCUAUGACGGGUGCAGCUGCCUCACAGAUAUAAAAUAUAUCAACUGUUCGGGUGGGAAUCUUACCACUCCUCUUAGGAAUGUCCCCCACAACACAGAGUACCUGGACCUGUCCAGAAACCUGUUGACAGUGCUCCAAGCAGGUUCAUUUGGGACCCUGUGGAGCCUGAGGGUGCUCCUUUUAAAAGACAACAACCUCAGCCAUGUAGAUGACGGAGCUUUCUCCUCCCUCCAGGGUCUGAGGAGGCUGGACCUGAGCCGUAACCACCUUUCUGCCCUGGGGCCUGGCUUCUCCCUGGGCCUUGAAUCCCUAACAGAGCUCCUGCUGGAUCACAACCAUCUCACCGUCCUGGAGAGUGGGGCCUUCCACAGCCUGGACAGCCUCCAGAAGCUGGACCUGAGCAGCAACCUAAUCUCCACAGUAAAGCCCAGAGCCCUGGGUUACCUGACUGGCCUGCGCCAGCUCCACCUGGAGGGAAACCAUCUAACCUCCCUGGGUUCCGGCCUCUUCUCCACGCUGCGCUCCCUGGAGGUGCUGGGCCUUCGGGGGAACUUGAUCAGCUCCACUGAGCCAGGAGUCUUCGCCCCUAUGUCUUCCCUAACUCUGCUGGACCUGGCCCUCAACCGCCUAAGCACCCUGGGCUACAGGACCCUGUUGAGCAUCCACACCCCCAGCCUCCACGUCCUGUUGGAGGGCAACCCCUGGCACUGUGACUGCGACCUGCAGAGGGUGUUCAGGAAGUUGUCCAGCAUCCACAGGGUCUUCCUGGAUGACUACCAGGAGCUGAGGUGCAGCCAGCCCACCGAGCUAAAGGGCAGGUCCAUGGGAGAAGUGGAUGAUGAGCUGUGUGUCGGAGAGACUGUGACAGUGCUCAUUCUGACGGUCACCGUGGUGGUCACCGUGGUAGCUGCCAUUAUCAUGGCGGAGAAGAACAAGAAGAAUAGCGUGGCCAAGAACUGGGAGGAGAGCGUGGGGCUGGACACCUACUGUGACAAUUACAAUUAAGGCUGUCACCUCCUCAUGAUACAAUAAUGAAAACUCACUGCGCCUCAGCUCCCAAUGUGGUUAAAGAUCUGAUUAACAACAUUGAAUGCAAGCAGAUUUUCUUUGAUAACUAUAACUAUUCUCAAAGAGAUUUGCCCUCUUAGUUUGUAGAAUAGGAAAUCUCGUAUUGAUUCCCUAUAUAAGGCAGUGAAAGACUUGUUUGACAAGUUACUAUUUUGCUGUGACAGUUGACAUGGCCACCGUUAGGGAAUUUACAUACACUACAGUUCAAAAGUUCGGGGUCACUUAGAAAUGUCCUUGUUUUUUUUUAAAGAAAAUCAC